UGGAAUAUCUCAGUGCCCUGCUAAGAGGCACACAUCCAUUUCAGCAGGACUGCAGUGAGAUAGCUGCUGCCACUGCCCUGCAUCUGUCUACUGCCCCCCCUCAUCCCAUAGCCCUCCCCUCUCUGCUCAGUCACUGGCUUUUCCCUCUUCAUAAGUCACUCUGCCAUCUGCACAGGAAGCAGCAGCUAUACCCAGGGUCUCCCUGGCACUCUUCGAUGGGGGGGUACGCUACUCCCAGCAAAUUAGACAAGGACCAAGAGGAUGGGUGGCAUCGGCGUAACAGGCUGGGGGCUGAAAUCUGAGGACGGUGGAAGGGAAGCUCAGAAGCUGCCACGGUUUUUUACUGCAAGCUCACUGAGGAUCCUCUGUUCCCACCAGCAGCAAUAGCAGCACUCUGCAGCAACACAGUGAGGAGAGGUGACAUAUCGGGAGGAGAGCUGUGAUGAGGAGGACGUGCACAGCGGCUGCCCCCAGGAGAGUGACCUGGCUUUAAGACUUAGAAUGAAACAUCAACUCUUUCUGUCCUGUGACAAUAAUUGAACACUGUGAGAAGGCUCAAUGACGGUUUCCAGCCAUGCAAUGUUCUUGGAAGGCUGUCCUCUUACUAGCGCUGGCCUCUAUUGCUAUCCAGUACACAGCCAUCCGAACCUUUACAACCAAAUCCUUUCAUAUGUGUCCGGUUCCUAACCCGAGCAACUGUAGCCUGGGACAAGAACCUACGGACUCUCCUGAUCGGUUGUGUGAAGAUGGCCAGCCAGUAACUUCUAACAUCUCAAGGAAAACUCAUAUCCUAAUCCUUGCCACCACCCGCAGUGGGUCUUCUUUUGUUGGUCAACUGUUCAAUCAACACUCGGACGUCUUCUACUUGUUUGAACCACUUUAUCAUGUUCAGUACACACUAAUUCCCAAAAUGACACAAAGUAAAAGUCCUGCUGAAAGGAGAGUGAUGUUGGGAGCUAGCAGGGACCUCUUAAGAAGCCUUUAUGACUGUGACCUUUAUUUCAUGGAAAACUAUAUCAAGCCACAACCGGUCAAUCACACCACAGAUAGACUUUUCCGAAGGGGUGCAAGUAAAGCGCUCUGCUCUGCCCCAGUUUGCGAUGCCCUGGGUCCCACUGAUAUUUAUUUAGAAGAAGGAGACUGCAUUAAGAAAUGUGGGAGCCUGAAUUUGACUCUAGCAAUGGAGUCUUGUAAAGACCAUGGACAUGUGGCUAUCAAAACAGUCCGGGUUCCUGAAGUUAAUGACUUAAGAGCAUUGGUAGAGGAUCCUCGCCUUAAUUUAAAGGUGAUUCAGUUGGUGAGAGACCCACGAGGAAUAUUGGCCUCCCGUAGUGAGACCUUCAGAGACACUUACAGGCUAUGGAGGAUCUGGAGGGCUACUGGUCGCAGACCAUACAAUUUGGACUCAACUCAGUUGACCACUGUAUGUGAGGACUUCUUAAACUCUGUGUCGACUGGGUUUAGUAGGCCACCAUGGCUCAAGGGGCGCUACAUGCUUUUAAGGUAUGAAGACCUGGCUAGAAACCCUAUGAAGAAGAUGGAGGAAAUCUAUGAUUUUGUGGGUAUUCCACUGGAUGCCAAUGUGGAAAGAUGGAUUCUGAACAAUACUCGGGGUGACCAGUCUUCUGCCAAACACAAGUAUGGGACGGUCAGAAACUCUGCAGCCACAGCAGAAAGCUGGAGACUGACCUUGUCCUAUGACAUUGUAGAGUUCACCCAGAAUGCCUGUCGACAAGUAUUAAGCCAACUGGGCUACAAAACUGUGGGGUCUUCCCAGGACUUGAGGAACCUUUCCUACAGCCUCAUCGAGGACAGAUCUUUUACGCCUUUUUUGUAAUGGUCUAUUUCUCAGUAGAUAAAA